GAAUUCGUGUGCCUCGUUGGCGUUCGCUCUGCUCUUCUUCCACGGAGAAACCGCUGCGAAUACCUGCAAUGACUGUACCUGCGUGGCCUUCCAGCCUCUGUCCAGGAACCUAACCUGCAGUCAUGAGUGCUCACUUACUGAGAAUGUGACAGUCUACUGGAACCUAUACCGAUACGUAUCGGCGACAAUGACAACAACAACUACAACAUCACCUUCUGGUUCGACGGCUCCGAGCCCCGUCACGACUCUCAGACAUCUGCCUCAGUCAACACCAUUGUCAAGCAGAUGAGAGCAACCCAAGGUGGACAACUGGUGAUAGACAAAGUCAACCUCCACAUUCACCAGGCUAAAUACUCAUGCUGGGCUCAGCUGAGUGACGGGACCCAGUGUGGCGUCACAGACUCCUUUCAGCUGUCAGUCGUCUCUCUCUUCACUGACAUAACUGAAAAGCCAAAGGUACUGGACACCAGUGGAAGCGCCAUCUACGGGUCUCCAGGAGUUCUCUGUAUCAGAGGAGUCACCCCAGGCCUCAACGAGAACAGCACCACCUGGGAGAAAGAUGACGUGGCCACCGAAAUUGCCAAGAACAUUUCUGACGAGUGUCCUGGGUGCAUCGAAUGUGAUCCUGAGAUGUUCCUGGCCCUCCCCUCAGUCCGGGAGCGCCUCCAGAACGGGUACUCCCACGCGGCAUUUGUCAUAUCCACCAGCCACGAGGUGGUGGGGGAAAGAGACUACAGCGAUUGUCUCACCAUCAGGAACCGCUACGUCAGUUUCCUGGUGAUACGGGAGGUGAAAGAGGAGGAUGUUGGAGACUGGAGUCUGAGCGUCGUAUCUGCCUUCAAUGCAGCCAAGACUGGAUUAUAUGACCUUGAAGUCUCCUACAAGCCGAUUGAGACAACGAUUGAGGAAUUGGAAAACCUGCGUCUCAUCUCUGGAGAGAAUGGCUACAGGGUCUGCAACGCCACCUACUCCAUCAGCUUUGAAGCCAACCUCCACUGGAAGAUCCAGCACACGGAGAAGUCGGUGCUCUCCACCAACCACACCAUCGUGGGGGAGGGGGAGAGCCUGGCCUCUGACCUAGUGGUCCUCACUGCCCAGAAGAUCAGUGACCUCUGUAAGGAGUUUGGU